GGAGUAGCUGCUCAGAUAAUCAUUCGUAGCCUCCUCUCUCGGAGCGCAGCCUCCUCUUUCCACUUUCCUCCCUCUCGAGGUGUCUCCUCUCACAAUCUCACUCUCUCCUCUCCCUCUCAAACCCGUAGCAGCAGCAGCCGCUCGAUGAGAGGAGGACCCACCCUGGCGGCGUCCGGCCCCGGCGAGCCACCUCCGGCUCCGGCUGCGGCGGCGGAGGUGGUGGAAGAGAACUCCGGCGGGGAAGAGGAGCUCGAGCUGGGGCUCAGCCUCGGGUCCAAGAAGCAGCCGCCUCCGCCGACGCCGUGCCGCAUCCUGACGGCCAGGGACCUUCACCCGGCGGCGGCGCUGUCCCCGGACUCCUCCGUGUCGUCCUCCUCCCCGGCGGCGGCGAGCAGGAGGGCCAAAGCGGAAGAGGAGGGCCCCACCGCCGCCGCCUCGCCCGGGACGAUAGCUGCCGGGCACCCACAAAGCUUUGGAGUGGUGGGAUGGCCACCCAUAAGAGCCUUCAGGAUGAACAGCCUGUUCGGCCAGGCUAAAGACAAUGCUUCAGAGGCCGAAACCAAGAAGACUGUCGCCGAUGAAUCUGACUUGCACAAAGACAAGGAGGAAGGCGAGAAGAAGGGACGGGCUCCCGGAUGGGUGAAGGUGAACAUGGAUGGAGAGGUCAUUGGAAGGAAGGUGGACCUCAAUGCCCAUCGCUCAUACAAGACCCUCGCCUUAGCCCUUGAGAUCAUGUUCACGAAGCCGUCUGCCGGUCUUUGCGCUUCUAAUAGUACAAAGUCUCUGAAGCUGUUAGAUAACUCGUCUGAAUAUCAGCUCACAUACGAAGACAGGGAUGGGGACUGGAUGCUUGUUGGAGAUGUUCCUUGGGAAAUGUUUGUUGGCUCUGUGAAGAGGCUUAGGAUCAUGAGGGCAUCAGACGCCAACGGUCUUGGGGCACGAUGUCAAGCUAUUCACAGAACCGCAGCCGCGACAAGAGGCAGACCAUGAGAUCGCACAACGAGCUCGCAAAAUAGCUAUUGCCGCUGGCGAUGCUCCGGUUGCCUUCAGCCCAUGUCUCUGGCAUAGUCGUGUGAUUACUUGUGCCUAGUUAAGAUAGCAGAAGCCACGAUAGUUGCGUGACCACUAGCAUCUGUUCUUAAUUCUGUUUUUGCCUCAUUGUGCCUUCCACUGAGCUCUUCGCCCACGUUUCUGCUGCUCAAGUGUUGAUCAGCGGGGGCACGUGUUAAUUGUGUGUGAGUGAGUGUGGCAGAAGUACGAAUCCUCCUAUCGUUUGGAUCCUUUGCUGUACACACUGCUCUGUUCUUAGCUGUAGGAUUAUGUUCUGGAGAGGAUACAGUUUGGCAAUUUUGUGUGUA